UAAUUACCAAAAGAUACAGCAAUCAAGAAGAAGAAGAAAACGAUGGAGGGACAGCAAUCAUGGCGGCCGAGGCUUUCGUUCAGGAGCGCCACCAUAAUGAUGUGCUUGCUCAACCUGAUCACGGCGCUUCUACUGCUUCAGGGCUUUCUGUCCUCCGCUACUUCUCGCUCCAAACUCUCCGCCUCUCGCCUCAAUUCAGCUGCACUUAGGUAUGUAAGAGAAUCUGAAGAAAUUCGUUUUGCUAUGCGACCCAUGGAACUGAUAAAAAGAGUGAAGGAAAUCCAACAAGAAACAAAUGCAAAACCAGAAACUGUCAAAGAGAACGACGCACGGCAGACCGUUGCAGUUGGCCUUUCCAAGAGGUUGAAGGAUCUACAUUCUGUUAAUGAUGCAACCAGCGUCAAAGCCCUGGAAGAGUGGCGUAAACGAAAGAUGGAACGAGCAAGACUACGUCAACUAGAGAAAAAUGGAACACUCGCAACUCAAGCAUGAGCCGUAUUCUUCACAAAGUAAUCUUCACGACAUACUGAAAUUCCGAUACCAAGUCAUCCCGAAAUGUGCAUAUUACAACUCUGAUUGUAUAACAAACAAGGUUUAUAUAUAUGAGGAUACAAAAGUUUACCAAAAGAACUUGACAGUCAUGGUCAUGCUUAUAAAGAUGUUGUCAAAAGCCCUCUCGAUUGCAAUACUCGUAUUAUGUUAUAUAUUCGCUUGUAUCAUCGUUUUCCUUUUAAGGAGGAAACAAUCAAACCUAGUUUAAGAAGCACCGGCACCUUUGUAGUAUGGUGACCUUUUCUUCUUUCAUCAAUAUGUCAGUGGAUUUCGAGCCUCUACAUUUACAAAUGUUGUAUUUACGCGCAUUUGGCUAAAUAUGAACCAUUAUCGCAAUCUUAUUUUAA